AUGAUGUCAUUGACUAAUACCAAUAACGAUUAUCUAUCACAAGAAACAAAUCCACUAGAAGAUGUUCCUCUCAGUCCAUCAUUGACUAAAUUUCAUACUUCUCAAGUGACGACUGAUGAUAUUCCACUCAAUAUUGCUCGUAUGCAACACUCACAAACCGUUACAACUAUUUCGGUACCAUUGACGAAGACGUUAAGAAUUCGUCAAGAUCAAAAUUUAUCAAGACGGAAGCCAAAUCCAAAUGUAACAACUCACAUCAUUGCAGGUUGGAAAAUUCAAGAGAGUUUAGAGCCAUUUCAACAACAAGAAAAUAAAUCAUCUUCAUCCAAAACACAAGAACAGAACAUCACUUCUGACAACUUGAAUGUUCAUCAAUGGAGUAUCGAUCAAGUCUGUUCAUUUUUCGAAUAUGUGCUUGGCAGAAAUUCGUAUGCGCCAAUAAUCAAGGAACAUCUUAUCGACGGGAUAGUUCUUUUCCUACUAAAAGACGAACAUUUGAGCAAUACAUUUCAAAUGCCACUCGAACAUCGACAGAUGUUACUCAAUAGAAUAAGAGAAUUGAAAAAUGGCGAUCUUUCUCUACUGUGA